GAUGGGGAAAAGAUAGAGAAUUGCAUAUUUCAAACCUGAUGCUUCUUGAUACCUGUCAAACUAGAAAUAGUUGUGAUUCGUGUUUAAUUACUCCUAUCUUUACGGGAAGGAAAAAGCUAUCAAGCUAAACUUCCGUUAUUUCAAGCAUUACCUUUCUAGUUAGCUAUUUUGUAGCAUUGCCUAUGCUGACAGAUAAUCCUUAAAGCAGUCCAGAAAUAGCUGCAUAUAGAGAGCGCUGAUGUUUAUGUACAUUUAUGAGAUUUCGCUAUGAUCCAUAAAGAAGUUACAAAACUUCAGGGCAUGGAAUCUUUGUUGCCUCUUUCUAUGACCCUUGGCCAGUGCCAGUGGCCCUAAGGAGAAGCAUCUCCAACAUAUGUGACACCAUGCAUGCUGCAAGACUGCUCAUAUGUACCCUAGCCAUAUGAUCUUCCUUAAAUUCUGGCUGUUAUGUUGAAAGAUUAGUGUCUUUGAAUAAUAGUCUAUUCCAGAGUUCAGAUUUUUUACAUUUCUAGGAAGAAAUAAUGGGAAUGCACCCUUCAUGAAAGGUGCUGGUAGUCUGUGAAAAACAGGAGGUGUCUAGUUCAAAACUAAUGACCGUAUCCCUGAGCUCUACCUUAAGAAAAGCUACUUACAGCUCAGGUUACUCUAUAAUCACCUGAAACUGGCAGCACCUCUUGUGUAUACCAGCUGACCAGGACAUGGCCUGUAGCCAUCACAUUCAUUUCACACAGGUCGCUAAACAUCACUGGAAAGUACCAGCUCAAACAGUGUACUUGCUGUGAUGACAGAGCCUCUCCCUGGGGGUUUCUCAUGAACUGUGUGAGACAGUUUUAAGAUUGUGUGUGUUUUAAUUGAAUGUUCAGGAGUCACAAUUGUCAGGUACAGAUUGGCAUGGGAAAGUAACAAGGCACAGCUAUUGCUUAUAAAGCAACAUUAAUACAUUCUGGACAGUAUAGAUUCGGUGGAAAAUACAGACCCCGUUUCAAGUUGGCUUUAAGCUAAUUCUGUUUCCAGACGAAAUAGUUCAGAUGUGUUACAAACAGGUAGAAAGCGAUAGCAGUGAAUAUAUGGGUACAGAAACCCAUUUCCAUGAGUACUCAAUAUUGGUCACAUGUCCUCAUAAAUAUUACAGUCUAGAGCUCAGAAAGCAGUAAUAUGGGAAGUCUGUCUUUACUGUAUUGGCCAACCAGUAAAUGUUAAUGUAGGGCUUUGGUAUGAUUGCAGAUACUUACCCAGCUCCUGUGAGCAUGCCAUACUGAAAUGAAACUGGAUGGGUUAGGCCCACCUCCCUCUCACCCCAACUUCGGUUUAAUAAACUAGACCACAGCAGAUCUGCAGUUUCUGUGGAGGUGCGGCAAGGCUGGCAAGACGAGCAGGCAGCAGCUGAGCACUCACUAGAGCAUAGCUGCUGUGUGGAGUGGAAAUGGCUGGCUUUAGCAGCAAGAGCUUGGUCCUGGUUUCCAUGCUGGGGCUCCUGGCACUACUCCUGUGUGGCACCUCUGAAGCACAAAGCAACCAGGAUUGCUGCCUGUCUUACACCAAGGUGCGUCUACCUCGGUGGGCCCUAAAGGGUUAUACUGAACAGCUCUCCAGUGAAGUCUGCGAUAUCCAUGCAAUCAUUUUCCACACCUACAGUGGGUUGAACGCCUGUGUAAAUCCUAAAGAGGGGUGGGUGAAGAAGCAUCUUCUUUUCCUGAGCCAUAAGCUCAAGAAGAUGUCAAUGUGAUACGGUUUCUAGCAGGGAAAUUAAACAAGCAUGGCUAAGGAACUCCUUCGCUCAACAUCUUGUUUGAGAUCGUCAUCUUGUACACUGUUGUGUGCUUACCACUAUCUCUGGCUUCCCUGGGACCAUUUAACUUCUUGAAUUGAUUCAUAUUGCAUCACUGUGUUGCUUGAAUUAAGCAUUUUGUUAAAGUUUCUAUUUUUAUGAAUAUGUGUAUGUCACUAGUAUGGUAUGAGUACUAUUUAGAAAGGGCUACCCUAAGUGUUUGUACAGAGUAUGAAUUUUAAGUUUAUUGCAUGUAAUUUUUGUUUUGUUCAGCAUGUGUAAAGUGGGUUAUUUAUUGUUUUUAUUUUGUUACUUUUUUGGCACUGUCUUGUGCCAAAAUAUUUUCUUUUAACUGUAGUUAGCGUUAUAGUACUUCUUGAACUAUUGUUAAACAAAACUGCUUGUGAAAAAAUGAAAAUUGGAGUUGAAAAAAUAAAUGUUAAAAUCUG